CCCAGCCAGCAACGGGCCGGGGCUUCACGGAAAUGGGCGGGCCGCUUCCGCGCACGUCCUCGGUCCCGGCUGCCGAUUGGCCAGCGGGCCCCCCCCGCCCCGCCCCCUCGGGAGGCGAGGCGAUCGGGCCACUGGAGGGCCGGGAUUGGCCCAUCUGGAGACUCUGGGACAGCCUGCGCCCCCGUCACGUGGCCGCCGCCCAGGCCACGCUGCUCCUGUCGUUUCUUUGGAUGCCCGCGCUGCUGCCGGUGGCCUCCCGCCUUCUGUUGCUACCCCGAGCCUUGCUGUCCAUGGCUUCUGGAAGCCCUCCCCUGCCCUCUCCGGCCUCGGGCUCCGGCUACGUUCCAGGAUCGGUUUCUGCAGCCUUUGUCACUUGUCCCAACGAAAAAGUCGCCAAGGAGAUCGCCAGGGCCGUGGUAGAGAAGCGGCUAGCCGCCUGCGUCAACCUCAUCCCGCAGAUCACUUCCAUACUUUGUUCCCCUUCUUUCUCUGACCUCUUCAGCUAUGAAUGGAAAGGAAAGAUCGAGGAAGACAGUGAGGUGUUGAUGAUGAUUAAAACCCAAAGCUCCCUGGUCCCUGCUCUGACAGAGUUCGUUCGAUCUGUGCACCCUUACGAAGUUGCUGAGGUGAUUGCAUUGCCUGUGGAGCAGGGGAAUCCCCCAUACCUGCAUUGGGUGCGCCAGGUCACAGAAUCCGUUUCAGAUUCUGGCACAGCCCCCUCCUCUGCUUAAGGCCCUCUGGUCUCCAGGUGAUGAUGUCUGAGCCCCCAAUAAAUCCUCUUCUGUUC